AUGGACAGCCAAAAUACCAAUUUCUGUUUCCCUAUGAAGGAUCUGGAAAACGAAGUUGUUAAAGUGAUUCCCUUCGAUGCUACCAAACAUGCCGCUGCCUUCUUCGAAGCGACACACCCUCACCCAGAACUAUGGCAGUACAUGAGCAUCGGGCCAUUUGCAACUGUGGCUGAAUUUAUCGAGACCUUUUUAAACCCAGUCCAAUCUUCUCCCGACCAAAUCUGCCUCGCCAUAAUCAACAAACAAGCGGCCCCAAGCCCACACCAUCCGGAUGGUCAACUCGCUGGUCUAGUCACCUGUACUGGCGCAUCUGUUGCUCACAGAACAGUGGAUCUGAACUACACGAUCAUAUUUCCUGCGUUCAGCCGGCAAGGCAUACCAACCAAUGCCAGUGGAUUACUGGUGCACUAUUUCCUCAGAAGCCCUGCUGAGGGAGGACUUGGCCUCUUAAGGGUCCAGUCGCGAGCCUCGGCGGGGAAUAUAGCGUCGAUAGUAGCGAUGUUGCGGUAUGGGUUUCGAAAAGAAGGGAUAAGUCGGUGGCACCGAGUUUUGCACCACGCUACUCAGAGAAUGAAAGUCGGGAAUGGGAGACUGGUGCCGGGGUAUGCCGAUCGAGACAGCGUGGCUCGAGAUACAGUGCAUCUUGCAUUUUGCUGGGAUGAUUGGCAGAAUGGGGGGAGGGAGAAAGCUGAGAGGGUCAUGGAAAGGGCUGCCAGAAGCUCACUGCUCAAAAGCAAGCUAUGA